AUGACUCUGACCUUUCUACUUGAGGUUGUACUAGGGAUUCGCUUCGCAUACACUGUUGUGGAUGACUUUGGGGAAAAGCAUAUGAAAUCGACUUACUUGACAAUGUAUAAUCAAGGUAAAGGAAUGAAGACGCAACCAGACCUUGCCAAGGUUUUCUCGCCUCCAUCAAAGCCAGGGAAGGUGAAAAUUAUUUUGCUAAACCACCACAGUCGUGUUGAUUGGCUUUACUUUGCGAUUUUUCUAAUCCGCAGCCGAGUUUUUUUGACGCUUCGCUUUGUCUUGAAGAAUGAUAUUAGACAUAUUCCUGUCCUAGGUUGGAGCAUGAACGCGUUUGGCUUUAUUUUUCUCUCUCGAUCGUGGGAAUCUGAUAAGGUGUAUCUCCAGAAGAUGAUAAACUACUACAAGGCAACAAAUGAGUCCUAUAUACUGGUUAUUUUCCCUGAAGGAACUGAUCUCUCGCGGAGCAACAUCCAAAAGUCUCAGGCGUUUGCUAGAGAUAAUGGGAUGCCAACUUUUAAUCAUGUGUUAAAUCCCCGCACGACAGGGUUAAUCGGGAUUAAAAAUAUGAUCGGUUCGGAAAACAUCGAGGAAAUAGUGGACUGCACAAUUGCGUAUACCUACAGCGCACCCCACAAGCGCCCGAACGAGCCUUCCUUGGUGAAUGGAUCUCAUUCCCGCAAGGUCCACCUUCUAAUUCGCAACCACGCUUUUCAACCUCCGACUGCAAAGCCAAGCGAUAAUAAUGCUAAUGAUAAUGGCCUGUUGGUACCCAUUGAGGAUCGCAAAUUUGGUGAAUGGAUCCACGGCCGCUUUGCAGAGAAGGAGAAGGUUUUAGCCCUCUUCUAUCACAAUAACCCUGUUCAAUACAAUGCCGUAGAUAUACGAAAGGUGUAUGGGGAGCACUGCGCGGUUGAAAGUUAUGAUUAUGAUGAAUAUUAUCACGCAAACACUACACCAUUGUGCAGUCUAUUUUCCCUCAUGCUUAAUGAGAUUCGGCAACCUAAUUUUAAGUUUUGGUGGGUGCGCGUUGGGGCUGUCAUAUUUUAUCAUUUCGUCUUAUUUUAUAGUUUAUGGUACUUUAACUGGCGGAGUCUUCUUCUGUACUGCACAAUAUCAACUAUUUUAUUUAUAGGGGUUCUCAAAGUAGUGAAGGAUCUACAGCAGGUGCUCUUUCUUUAG